GAGAGAGAUCAAAAAAGCAGAGACUGAACCUGCAUGAAGAUUUUUUUCCAAAGACCGUGAUAAGUGUUCUUUAAUGUUCAGGAAGAACUUAAAGAAGGUGGGAGUCUAUAUGCUUCGGCCACCAUGUCUGGAAUUGGCAAUAAACGGACAGCUGGAGAGCCUGGCCCUUCUGCACCUCCAGAGAAGAAGGCGGGGGUUGAAGAUUCAGGGACCACAGUGGAGACCAUUAAGCUUGGUGGUGUUUCUUCAACGGAGGAGAUGGACAUCCGGACCCUACAGACCAAGAACCGGAAACUAGCAGAAAUGCUGGACCAGCGGCAAGCCAUUGAAGAUGAGCUACGGGAGCACAUUGAGAAACUGGAGCGUCGGCAGGCCACUGAUGAUGCCUCCCUGCUGAUUAUCAAUCGAUACUGGAAUCAGUUUGAUGAAAAUAUCCGCAUCAUCCUUAAACGCUUCGACCUGGACCAAGGUCUUGGAGACCUUUUGUCUGAAAGAAAAGCACUGGUGGUACCAGAACCUGAACCAGACUCAGACAGUAAUCAGGAGCGCAAAGAUGAGAGGGAACGAGGUGAAGGACUGGAGCCAGCAUUCUCCUUCCUAGCCACUCUAGCCAGCAGCACUAGUGAGGAGAUAGAAUCUCAGCUGCAGGAGCGUGUAGAGUCCUCCCGCCGUGCUGUUGCCCAGAUUGUGACGAUGUACGACAAGCUGCAGGAGAAAGUGGAUGUGCUGUCCCACAAGCUGAAUAGUGGAGAUAUUUCAUUGAUGGAAGAAGCAGUCCUGGAGCUUAAUACCUACCUCUCACAUGAAAAUGGACGUCUGCAGGAGCUGGCUGAUGUUCUUCAGGAGAAGCACCGAAUCAUGUCUCAGGAGUUCUCGAAACUGCAAGAGAGAGUGGAGACGGCAGAAUCCCGGGUGUCUGUUCUGGAGACUAUGAUUGAUGACCUUCAGUGGGAUAUUGACAAGAUACGCAAGAGGGAGCAGAGGCUCAACCGGCACUUAGCAGAUGUUCUGGAACGAGUGAAUUCCAAAGGUUACAAGGUUUAUGGAGCUGGGAGCAGCCUCUAUGGGGGCACAAUCACCAUUAAUGCCCGCAAGUUUGAGGAGAUGAAUGCAGAGCUGGAAGAGAAUAAAGAGCUUGCUGGGAAUCGCCUCAGUGAGUUGGAGGAACUACGCCAGGAUCUUGAGGAAGUAACAACACAGAAUGAAAAACUCAAGGUUGAGCUGCGACGAGCAGUAGAAGAAGCUGUGAAGGAGACCCCAGAAUAUCGCUGCAUGCAGUCCCAGUUUUCUGUUUUGUAUAAUGAGAGUCUCCAGCUGAAGGCACAUCUCGAUGAGGCCCGCACCCUGCUUCAUGGCACGCGCACCACACACCAGCGCCAGGUGGAACUAAUCGAGAGGGACGAGGUCAGCCUUCACAAGAAACUACGCACAGAGGUGAUUCAGCUAGAGGACACCCUGGCACAAGUCCGCAAAGAAUAUGAGAUGUUGAGGAUAGAGUUUGAACAGACACUUGCUGCCAAUGAACAAGCAGGCCCAAUUAAUCGGGAGAUGCGUCAUCUCAUCAGCAGCCUCCAAAAUCACAACCACCAGCUGAAGGGAGAGGUGUUAAGAUACAAGCGCAAACUGAGAGAGGCCCAGUCUGACUUGAGCAAGAUCCGCUCUCGCAGUGGUAGUGCUCUCUUACAGUCCCAGUCCAGCACUGAAGACACAAAGGAGGAACCUCCAGAGGUCAAGCAGGAACCUGAUGAUCCUUCUGCCCAAGUGUCUGUCCCCAAGGCUGCUUCUGAAGAUGUUAAUGAAAUGAAGGCCAGGCGAGAUGAAGAGGAACGGGAGCGAGAGAGACGGGAGAGGGAGAGGGAACGAGAGAAGGAAAAAGAGAAAGAGAGAGAGCGAGAGAAAGAGAAAGAAAAGGAAAAGGAACGAGAGCGGGAAAAGCAGAAGCAGAAGGAAUCUGAGAAGGAGAGAGAGUCCAAAGAGAAGGAGAAAGGGAAGCAUGAAGAUGGAAGAAAGAAGGAGGCUGAAGUGAUCAAGCAACUGAAGGCUGAGCUCAAGAAGGCCCAAGAGAGCCAGAAGGAGAUGAAGCUGUUGCUAGAUAUGUACCGUUCUGCCCCCAAAGAGCAGAGAGACAAAGUGCAGCUGAUGGCAGCUGAGAAGAAGGCAAAAGCUGAGCUGGAAGAACUGAGGCAGAGGGUGAAAGAAUUGGAAGACAAGGAGAAAAAGGAGAGUAAAAAGAUGGCUGAUGAGGAUGCCCUCCGCAAGAUCCGAGCAGUGGAGGAACAAAUUGAGUAUUUACAGAAGAAAUUAGCCAUGGCUAAGCAGGAGGAGGAGGCCCUGCUGUCGGAAAUGGAUGUCACAGGGCAAGCCUUUGAAGACAUGCAGGAGCAGAACAUCCGCCUGAUGCAGCAGCUGCGGGAGAAGGAUGAUGCCAACUUCAAGCUGAUGUCAGAACGCAUCAAGUCCAACCAGAUCCACAAGCUGCUGAAAGAGGAGAAGGAGGAGCUGGCAGACCAAGUUUUGACACUGAAGACACAGGUGGAUGCCCAGCUGCAGGUUGUACGUAAGCUGGAGGAGAAGGAACACUUACUGCAAAGCAGUAUUGGAACAGGCGAGAAAGAACUAGGUCUCCGAACACAGGCCCUGGAGAUGAACAAACGCAAGGCCAUGGAUGCAGCCCAGCUUGCAGAUGAUCUGAAAGCCCAGCUAGAGCUGGCUCAGAAGAAGUUACAUGACUUCCAGGAUGAGAUCGUGGAAAACAGAGUAACUAGAGAGAAAGAGAUGUUCAACUUCAAAAGGGCUGAGGAAGAUAUUUCUAGGUUACGCAGGAAGCUGGAGACCACUAAGAAGCCUGACAUGGUUCCCAACUGUGACGAGAUACUGAUGGAAGAAAUCAAGGAUUACAAGGCCCGCCUGACCUGCCCAUGCUGUAACAUGCGCAAAAAGGAUGCUGUGCUCACAAAGUGUUUUCAUGUCUUCUGUUUUGAGUGCGUGAAAACACGCUAUGACACCCGGCAGCGUAAGUGCCCCAAGUGCAAUGCUGCCUUUGGUGCCAACGACUUCCAUAGGAUCUACAUCGGUUGAUUCUUUCCACUGGAGUGACGGAAAGUUGCCGCUUACGCUGACCACCUAGCCUCCUUCACUUUCUGUGAUUGUCACCUUUGGGGCAGUCAGUGCUUCUGUCAGCUGAUCUGCAGUCUCUUCUGGGAAGCGUGGUUAGGGUAUGGAAAGAAACAGAUGCUGGAUCUUGGUUCCUUUCUUGUCCCUUUUCUUUUAUUCUUGCCCUCAGUUUUUGUGGAUUCUUUGUGCCUGAGAGGACAUUUCCCAUCCAUCACUCACAGUGUCAAGUUGGGAACAUCUAACUGAAGUCCUGCCUUGAUGAGAUGGAAGCUGUCUGUGGUGCAGCAGAGAUAAAUGAGGCCUUUAUUUCAGGAGUUUGCUUUGGAUGUUAAUUAUUAAAUCCCAUCAAGGUAUGGUGGUGUUUCUGAGAGUGAAUAGUUUCCCAGUUAAAGGGCCAAAUAACGAAUGAACAGGUACAUCUGUAGACUUCAGUGGAGUGACUCCUUAGACAUGUAUCUUCCUGAGUCAGGGCAAGAAUCUGUGAAGGCUGGUGCAUUAGUAAACAUCCUCCCUACCCCCAAAAGCAAACGCACAUCUUAUCUUUCUGCUCUUCUGGAUACUAAGAUGUUGGAGAGUCUUUGACAGUAGCAUUCCACUGAUGAACCCUGGUUGAUGUGGACAUCUUCCCCUAGGUUGAGGCAUUGCUGUCAUUGUCCUUAGUUUCCAGAAAAGAAUCUGUAGGGGUUACUUUGUUGCAACUUUGCCACAAAGAAUAAUCUUGUAAUGCACAAAAUCUAAUAAAAGCUGUUGUCUGGGUUA